AUGACCUCGCUCGCCGCCCGGGUCAAGCAGUACGGCUUGACCCAGGUUUACUGCUGCCCCGAGAAGCCUCUGGUCGACAUCGUCUUGGUCCACGGCCUGAACGGUCAUCCCUACAAAACCUGGGCCACCGAGUCCGGCGUCUUCUGGCCGGCCGAUCUGCUGCCUGAGGUGUUGGGGACCAGCCGAGUCAGGAUCCUGACGUACGGUUACAAUGCAAAUGUCACGGCCUUCACCGACGGCACCUCGAAGGAUCGCAUCCUGAACCACGCCGAAACUUUGGCUUCGGGCCUGGCCGCGAACCGAAAUCUUCGCGCAUGCUCGGAUCGCCCCAUCAUCUUCGUGUGCCACUCCCUCGGGGGGUUGGUCGUCAAGCGAGCUUUGAUCUAUAGUCGCAACCUCUCGAAUGAAAAGACCGAGCAUCUGCGGUCGAUCUUCGUGUCCACGUACGGUAUCCUGUUCCUGGGAACCCCUCACAACGGAUCGGACAUCGCCAAAUGGGGGCUUCUGCUGCAGAACAUCUGCAGUGCGGUCCUGCCUCGGAAGUUCUUCGAUACCUCGCCGCACCUCGUCAGAACCCUGCGAUCCAACAACGAAACUCUGCAGAACAUCAACAGUCUCUUCGUUGAGAUCAUGGGCCGCUUCCACAUCUAUUUCUUCCAUGAGACCCUGUCGACGGAUGUCAAGGGCUCCCGGGAGGUGAUUGUGGAUGAAAGCUCUGCAGCCCCCGUCGCGGCAGGCGUCGAACGCAUGGGAAUAGAGUCGGACCAUCGCCACAUGUGCAAGUUCGAGGACGACGGCGCGCCGGGAUACGAGGCGGUCGCAGAGGCUCUCUUGCGCUAUUCCCAUGACGCCCCUCGCGUGAUCCACGACCGAUGGGCCGAGGAAGAGGAAACUCGUAGAGUUAUGAAACGGACCAAGGCCAGGGAGCUCUUUAGUAAUGAACGGAUGGAUUCGCCUCCCCUGGGAGGAAGCGAGCCGGAUCUUCGUGCAAUCGGUAGGACCAAUUUUCUUCCUGCAUCUUCGCCUUCCGUUACUUUGCGAGAUUAUGAGAUUGAGGAGCCCUCGGAGACAUCCUAUUCCAGUAAAUUCGCUGUAUCCCCCGACAAAGGCUUGCCUCCGCCGGAAGGGCGACAUUCGCCAGUGUCCGAGCUUGCCGGUAGCACGGAUUUAUCCUUGUCUAGAAUCAUAAAAAAAGAGCCUCUCUUCGUGGUGCCCCCGGGUUUUCAUCCGAAUGCGACCUUCGUCGGAAUGCAGAAAGAACUCGACAUUCUGCAUACCCGGUUGUUCAAGGCUAAGAAGCGAUCGCAACGCCUGGUGGCCGUUCUGAUCAGCGGCGGCCCCGGCUCUGGAAAGUCCCACCUGGCACGAGAGUAUGUUUGGUCUUACCGUGACAGCUAUUCUGGGGGAGUCUUCUGGAUCGAUGCCAAGUCCAGGGAAUCGGUCUUUAAAUGCUUCUGGGACAUUGCUCAGGCAGCGACACUGACCGACGGCGAAGAAUAUAAACCCCCGGACACCAAAGUCUCUCAAAAAUACGUGGAGUCCGUUCGCACCUGGUUUCAAGGCCGUGAGGAGUGGCUGCUGAUCUUUGACGGACUCUCAUUUGACCACGAGAAUGACCUCAAUCACUUCAAGCAGUUUCUUCCCUUCAACAAGCAAUGUAGCAUCAUCUAUACCUCCGUUGAUAGGACGUUGCGCAAGAAACAGAGACUGUACGAGCCCUAUUCUCUGCAAAUGAGCCCAUUUCAGGUUGAAGAUGCGUGCAAACUUCUCUUCAAAGAUCUCGGCAUCAAGAAACCGUCUCACGAACAGGUCCGCAAGGCUAUCGAGAUCGUCACCCACUAUGAGUGUCUUCCUUUGGCCAUUCAUGCCAUCAGCCACCGCCUCAGUGCAACGGAAAAGCCCAUGGAGCGCUAUCAUCUCGAUUCUCACCUGACCGACGAAAAGUUGGCCGAGCCAUUCCUCGGUAUCAUGCAUGAUCUUUACCGGACGAAUCACUUCGAAGCCUUGAACCUCAUCAACCUUCUGUCCUUUUUUGGCCACCAGGUUCCGAUCGGCAUGAUCAACCUAGGAAAACAAGCCCUGGAAAAUUGGAACGUCGACAUAUACGGUCACAGCAGAGUCGGGGAUUCCGGGGAUAUCGACACAACGAUAGGGUUCCUCAUCCGUUACGGACUCAUCGAGAGAACAUCGGACGCCUAUGCCCUGCAGGCCAAAGCCUUGUCGCCACGAUCAGAGAGGGGUGAGAUUUUCGACGUGAAAGCCAUUGUUCCAGAGUUGUCGGAAUCGCAGACGGAAAGCAGCCAGGAUGCGUUUUUCUCAAUCUACCAAAAUUCCGGAUCCAUUGACAUGAUCAAGAUCCAUAGCGUGGUCCAAGGAUUCUGCCGAGACGAGCUGAAGAUCAGAGACAAGGAGAGGAGAGCCCAAAUGGACCCAACCGCCGGUGCGGGAAAGCAGGUGGCUGGCUACUAUAACUCAUGGCUGAUGGUGGCAACGCGCGUGUUUAUCCUCUCUUAUGAGAACGCAAAAAAGCGGAUGGACCAAACCGACAAUUACGGCCUGGUGAAGGAUUACCGGGAAUAUGAAACUCAUGCUUCCGUGUUGGCCAACAACUUCCCGCGAAAGUUUGUGAGCGAGCCAGCCAUCGUGCACGAGGCUCGACAAGAUCUCAAGAAAGUCAUGAAGAGCAUCAGCAAGGAAAUUGAACGGGUCUCUCCAAGCUCCUCGCAAGAGUCCAUCCGCAGGCAUCGCUCAGUCUUUGACCGUUCAAGUAGCUCUUCUUCCUCUAUUCCGGAUUCCUCGGGAGACGACGGACUGAGCCGCAAUUUCACCUGGGAUCUGAGUGAUAUGACGCCGCCGGUGGAAUCACCCAAGGAGAUAGGGUUGCCUUCAACGCGCUUCAACUUGGACCCUUUCGUUCCGCAUAUUUACCGAGAAACAAACGCGGCCAAGGACAUCGGAUAUGAAACGGACGGGGAGAAUGCGAAGCCUGUGGCUCAUGCCUCUCCCGCGCUGUCCCAACUGAGCUACUCGACGGAGAGGCCCAAAUCAGCGCAGACUUCUAGCCCUCCGCAGCAAUUUGACGAGCAAGGGUGGCAGGUGGUUGAAAAGACGCCCAAACUCGGGCCGACCAAAGAGAAGCCACCCAAAAGACCUCGGUUCCCGCGGCAUAUCCGUGGUCCAAAGCUGGCCGAACCAAUUCUCAAGGUGUUUCCCGUCGAAGGGAGGAGCGCAUCGAGUGGCAUCGUGGAAAGAACUCGUACCAGUUCCAUGGCAUCGGCUUCGGAAGCUCUGACGGCCGUACAUAAUGCGAGCCCUCUUCACUCCGACCAGGAAGUUCCAAAGCUGGUGGACGAGCGGCCGUUGAUCAAUGACGAAAAUGCACCUACUUAUGCUACCGUGGCAGCCAGACGUGCGCGUGAAAUGACCUCCUCCGCGAAACAGCGAUCGUCCUCCAGCCCGGGAGGGAAGUCUCGUCCGACGUUUCUAGGACUCCAGAACAAUGCCUCCGAGGAUUCAUUAUCCAGCGCCAUUCACACGUCUCCGUUCGUCGCCGAGCCCAAACCCGAUCGCAUGGCACAAUCCACGUAUAGCGAGCCUGACCAGGGACGUCUCACGCAGCAGUUGCACGCUUUGGACUUGAACGUGGCGCAAGGGACCCGAUACCAUACCCGACAUCUAUCAGCCGUGAGAGCGGUUGCUCCCGCCGGAGACAUGUCCGCAAGCACUCCUUCUGUUAUCACCUAUAUCCCUCCGCUGCCGUAUGAAAGUAAUAUUGAAGUUGCCCACGUGCGUCGACAGAGCCUUGCCGCAAGACCAGCAUCCGCCGGUCAGUCGGCAACUAAUCUGAAUCCGCUAUCCCAUCCGUCUGCAAUCAUGCCAGGUGCUUCGCCGCCGCCACCGUCAAAGGCCAGCGAGAUACCCGUGGGGAGUUAUAUCUCCGAUCCAGUUCCACAGCCGAUGACGCGGGGCCCAUCGGCUCAGUCCUACCAGUCGUGGGCGACAGACCCCAUACACCUUCCGCCGAGAUUGUCGCCGAUGCCUUCGACCGCGCAGGCCGCGAUGCCUGCCAACAUACACCACGUUAUCCCACAUCCACACGCCAUUUCGGGCGCCGGAAGCUGGGUCGGGGACGUACCGUCAUAUCCACCUACGCAACCCCAACUGACGACCCCGUUCUCGCCGGACGUGGGUUAUGCCGCACAGCACCAGCUGCGAGCAAUCGAUCCUCUGAGUCACUCCGUGGCGGGCAUGGACCGUGGCUGGGAAUAUCGCGAGCCCCAACCGAUGCUCUUGGGCGCUCACCCUAUGGAGGUGCGCGAAACUCACCAAAGACUGGGAGCAUUUCGACCCUACGACGCGCCACCGGUCCCCGGCCACCUUGCGCCGCUCAGCAUGUAUCAUCCCAACCUCUCAGGACCAUUAAUCCCACAUGAGCUGCACAUGCAGCCUCAGGAAAUGCCGACUGCUCGAGCUCGGAGUGGCAGCUCUCCCGCCCAUCCCGGUUUCGAUCGGUUUGGAAUGAAUUGA